ACAUCACGCACCUCAAUCCUGUUCAUCACUCACUCAUCACACGUGAAGGAGGAUCAAGCUGAAAUAACGUGCAGGUACUCACCUGGCAGGUUGGCAACCCCUGGCUAGACAGGCGCGCUUCCGUGUUCCGCUCUUCAGCUCUCAAAUCACAAGGAGGUCAACCAGCAAAGAUUAAAAGAUGGCGUCGGAGAUCAAAGCGGGGCCGAUGCGUGUCCUGGUGACCGGUGGAUCCGGCUUGGUGGGCAAAGCCAUUGAGCAUGUGGUGGAAAAGGAAGGUGGGAAACUGGAGGGAGAGGAAUGGAUCUUUCUUUCAUCUAAGGAUGCUGAUCUUGUAGAUGUUGAGCAGACCAGGGCUGUGUUCAAGAAGUAUCGCCCCACCCACGUCAUCCACCUCGCUGCAAAGGUCGGAGGGCUCUAUCUUCACAUGAGGGAGAACCUGCACUUUCUGAGGAACAACCUCAAAAUCAAUGACAACGUGCUACAAACAGCCCACGAGAUGGGUGUCACCAAGGUCGUGUCUUGCCUGUCUAGUUGCAUCUUCCCUGACAAAACCACAUACCCCAUAGAUGAGACCAUGAUACACAACGGACCACCUCAUACCUCCAAUUUUGGAUACUCGCAUGCUAAAAGGAUGAUCGAUGUUCAGAACAGGGCAUACUACCAGCAGUAUGGUCAUCACUACACAGCAGUCAUCCCGACCAAUGUGUUUGGUCCCUAUGAUAACUUCAACAUAGAAAACGGACAUGUGCUGUCGGCGCUCAUGAACAAGACAUAUGAAGCCAAAAAGGAAGGAACUCCUGUGAAUGUGUGCGGCUCUGGAGCUCCGAGAAGACAGUUCAUCUAUUCUCUGGACUUGGGUCGUCUAAUCGUUUGGGCCCUGAGAGAAUACGAAGAGAUCGAACCCCUUAUCCUCUCUGUGGGUGAAGAGGAUGAGGUCUCAAUCAAAGAGGCUGUGGAAAUGAUAGCAAAAGCCCUGGACUUCCAAGGCGAAAUACGCUUUGACACCAGCAUGUCGGACGGCCAGAUGAAGAAGACAGCCAGCAACGCUAAGCUAAGACGCUACCUCCCCAACUUCCCGUUUACACCCCUCAAAGAAGCCAUAAAGAUGACCUGUGAUUGGUUCAUGGCCAACUAUGACAUUGCCCGGACAUGAAGUGACCAAACACUGAGCUGAAAAUUUUAUUGCUUCUGCAAGUUGUUAUAAGUGUGCAGUACUGGUUAAUUCAGUGCUACAUCAAACAAUACUGUACAUCUCAUUUAUAUCAAAGCCUUCUUUUCACCUUUUAAUCUCUGGAUUCUUUCCCUUCUUAAAUAUUUAAUGAAAUGGUUGAAUGAUUUGGAAAGAGGCUGAAAAAUAAAUAUUUUAAUUUUCAA